AUGAAGCCUGAACACAGAACGAUAGCCACAAAACAGUGGACCAGGAGUGCCGUGACCUACCACACUAAGUCUAGAGCCAUGAAGAAGAGGAUGUCUCUGAGGAGGAUGAGCACACCAUCCUUCCAGAAGCAGAGGAGGAGGAGGCUUUCUCCCCAGGCCCUGGGGAAUAUUGUGGGCUGCAGAAUUGUUCACGGAUGGAAGGAAGGUGAUGAGCCCGUUACCCAAUGGAAGGCCAUCGUUCUAGAUCAACUGCCAACAAAUCCCUCUCUCUAUCUGGUCAAGUAUGACGGAAUUGACUGUGUCUAUGGACUUGAACUUCACUGCGAUGAGAGGAUUUUAAAUCUUAAAGUCUUGCCUCACAAAGUAGUGUUUCCUCAAGUCAAAGGCGCCCCAUCUCGCAAGUGCAAUGGUAGGCGAGCUGUGGAGCAUACAUUUGAGGGCAAACAUGGCUCUAAGGACAACUGGAAGGGGGUGGUUCUAGCCCAGGUGCCAAUCAUGAAGGACUGGUUUUACAUCACCUACCAGAAAGAUCCAGUCCUAUACAUCUACCAACUCCUGGAUGAUUACACAGAAGGUAACCUCCGUAUCAUUCCAGAGAUACCUCCAGCAGAGGUGAAGUCAGACAAUGACAGUGACAGAUUAACAGGUCACUAUGUGCAGUACACCAUAGGCGAUGGGUCCAAAAAGAUAGGCAAGGUCAUUUACCAAGUUCUAGCCAAGCCUUCCGUGUACUUCAUCAAGUUUGAUGGCGUCGUCCACAUCUACUUCUUUAAUCUGGUGGAAAAGAUCCAUUGA